CAUGCAUCAAUUUGUCCGUCUUUCUUUAUGACUGUGAAUUUCUAAAAUAUUUAUCACUGUUCCGUUGGAUUUCCGUCAUUCACCAUGUUGCCCAUAAUUUCCCUGACCGUUCUCUUAAUUUCUUACGCCUGCGCCAAUCCCACAAGCGACGCUUGCAUUGAACCAAAUCCGCCCGUGCGAUACUUCAGCUUCAAUCUCCGUCAAGACCAACCAUGCAGCGGUCGAGGCACAUGCGUUAAUGGAAAGUGCACAUCAUGCGAAACCUGGCAGGGAAAUCGCGAUGGGGAACACGUGAACGUCGUAUAUUCUGGCCAGUACUGCGAAUGCGACAACAUCAGCUGUCCCAGGUUUAACAGAGUUAUGUGUGCCGGACACGGACGCUGCGAAUGUGGUCGAUGUGUUUGUGAAAGCGGGUACAGCUCUUACGACUGCUCCCUAAACGAUGCAGUAGCGGAAGAUGUCGUUAACAUGCUGAGAAACUUUAACAAGGACAAAACAAGCAGUUAGCUGAGUGUUGCAAAAUUGUUUGAUUAAAGAGCGCACUUCUCAUUCUUUGUGCUGACUCGCUGGUCACAAAACUGUUUAACUUGACUAUUAUUAUUAUUAUUAUUGUAGUAUGACAACGUUUGCGCCUCUCGUAUACGAUGUUAUGUUGUCUGGGUUAUUAGAUAGUCAAACGAAUUAAAAUGUAAUUGUUCGAGUCAUUGCGUCGUUGCCUUUCUGUGAGAUAAAAUUUCUCAGAAA